AUGUGUGUUCAGGUGCUUCAGCAAGCAUUCAACACCCCCUUGGAAGCUAGGCGUGCGGGCAUUCUUCAGGACGGCCGACCUGUGGAAUACUUUGUUUUGGGCGCCUACAAGUGCUUGCCGAGGAAGGGUGUUACCAAACUCACAGGUGAGCACCUUAGCACAGCUGCCUUCAUAAAUGCGUUUAUGCUGCAAUGUUUCCCGGAUGCAUCGUGGUCUGCCUUCGUCGUCACUCACAACGAGUCCUCGGCACUGCACGUGGACUCGGCAAAUGUGCCGGGAACCAUGAACUUUGCAAUCGGCCUGGGAAGUUACUCCGGAGGCGAACUCUUUGUGGAAUCAGAAGGCGGGGCCCACGCCUUUGAGGACCCGUGCACAGGCGAAUGGCUGUGGGGAGACUGUCUAGCUCUCAACUUGGGACCGUGCCGGUUCGAUGGUCGUGCAAGGCAUGCUACCCUGCCGUGGGUCGGCGACAGGUGGUCGAUCAUUGCUUAUUCGGCGGUUGUGCAAAAUGAUCUCUCCCCAACGCAGGAGCAAACGCUGUGGUCCUGCGGGUUUCCGUUGCCUUGGACCUCUGCCUUUUCGAAGGUGCCGUCUGCUCCUCGCAAUGUCCCUCAGGUUCGCAUGACCAUUGGCAUACCCUGGGACCCAUGCGACUUCGCCAAGGAGGCAGCGAAGAGAGGGCAUCCGCGCCACCUCUUUGAUGGAAUUCCGCCUGUGCUCAAAACUGCGAUCGAUGCAACUGUCGAGCAAUCAGAAGUGGGCCUAGCGCAACACCGCACCGAGGUCCUUAGGCGAUGGGUGCUUCGAGCGCAGGAGCUGGCUCCGCAGGAAAGGGCUCUCCAUGAUAGAAUGCCGAAACACCUUCAGGCCGUCCUCAAGGGCAAGCGGCUUUUGGUCUUCGGCGAGAUGCUCGUCGCAUGUGGCUAUGGCGACUCUUCAAUUGCGUCCGAAAUUGGGGAGGGCUUCGACUUGACAGGUCCGAUUCCUGCGUCGGGUGGGCUCUUCAAACCCGUUGUGGAGCCGGCGUCGAUGACCAAGGAGUGUUUGCGCGCCGCUGCCAGCGCAGUCCGUGCAGGCAUUCUUCGCGCCACCGAACGUGUGUGCUCAUCCGAGCUCGCGCAGGAGGUUCACGACAUUACCAAGGAAGAGGUAGACCGCGGGUGGCUCGAAGGGCCCGUGCCACUUGAGCAACUGAGCGAAACUUGUUCCUUGAGCAGACGGUUCGGAGUUGAGCAGCGGUCCGGUGGGAAGCGCAAAGUCAGGCCCAUCGACAACCUGUCGGAAUCCUUUAUCAACUCGACCGUUUCCCGCACCGAGUCGAUUCAACCUCACGGCUUGGAUGUGGUUUGUGCGGGCAUCGCUUACAGACUCAGGGUCCGUGAGAGGUUCGGCCGUGCCAGCGUGCCAAAACUUAAAAUCAUAGACCUGCAUAAAGCGUAUAAGCAACUCGGCAUUUCCCUUGACGCCAUACAGGAUUCUUUCUUGUGUGUGCCGAACCCAGAGACGGGCAAACCAUCCAUCUACGCCUGCCAUGUGCUACCCUUCGGAUCAUCUGCUUCAGUCGCGGCAUUUUGCCGCAGCACGAUGGGAUUGUGGCACUUAGGGUGCGCUCUGCUGUUGAUCCACUGGACAGUGUUUUACGACGACUUUAUCGUCCUCAACGAGGCGUCGUCCACGAAACACCUUGACAUGGUUCUCAAUUGCUUUUGGGACUUGCUUGGAUGGACCGUGGCACGGGACAAAGAAUCCGAUUUUGAUUACUUUGCGAGAGCUCUUGGAGUCAAAAUCUGCUUUCAGUCCGAGAGAGUCUUCGUGGUGGAGAACACCCCCGAGCGAAAGGCCGAACUUGACGAGACCAUCACGCGCUUACUCGGUCUCGAGUGGGUGGAGCAACAUGAGCUCACAUCGCUGAGGGGAAGGUUGCAGUUCGUUGAGGGUCAGAUCCAUGGGCGACGAAGCGGCAGGUUCAUGCAGCUUUUGUCGCGGCGCGCAGAUUUCAUUGGGGGGUCCGCCAUGGAUUCCGACUUACAGGCAGCCCUCACUUUCCUUAAGGAUAGGGUUGUAGGUGCUCCCCCAAGGGUAAUAUCUGCGAGACGUGAGAACGCUUGGUUCAUCUUCACUGAUGCGGCCUACGGUGAUGGCCAAACGAGCACUUGUGGGUUAGGAGGGGUACUGGUUGCACCUGAUGGGAAGCCCAUUAGGUUCUUCAGUUGCUUGUUUAAGGACGAUGCACUUGAGGACCUCAGGUUUAGCGAUGUUCAGAGCCCCAUCUACUUUCUUGAAGGCUUGGCAGUAGUGGUCGCGUUGCACGUGUGGAACAGCCUUGUGCAAGGCUCUGAGGCCGUUUGCUUCGUCGAUAAUGAAGCAGCCAAGUCUGCGUUCAUUGCUGGCAAAUCUCCUUGCGUGCACUUCUCAGCCCUGUCGGAAUGGUUGAGUGAUUGGGAGGAACGUGCCUCCUCGUUCCCAUGGUUCGAAAGGGUGAGCAGUGCUGCGAACAUUGCUGAUGGCCCCUCGCGUGAUGAUUGUAGUCACCUGGCGGGUGUUCGCCGCGACGAGAUUGAUUUGCAAUCCAUCAUUCUCGCUUUGCAGUGCUUCUUGCCAGAGCUCUCAGUCGGCGGUGGGUGA